ACAGAAUUAGAAGAGUUGAGGGCAAAUGCGGUCACAAGGGUGCAAGAUGGGUGGAUGUUAAAGCAAUGGUAUGCUCAAUUAUUGGAAGAAAGAAAUAGGUUAAGAGCAAGAUUAGCAAAUGAUGAGGAGGAAUUAAGAAGGUUAAGGGCGGGGGAAAGAAGAAAGGAAGAAAAUAAUAAUAAUAGGAAUAGAAUAUCAGGUUUUGGUUUUUAA